CAGCUUAAUUCUUAACACUGCAAUUAACCUCCGCCGCUGAAUAUUGAUGGCAAAAUCUUUUCAAAGGGGUUUGCGUCUACGUUAUAUACAGGUCACAUGAACAUGAUUUAACAGUGUCUCUUCUGUUGCCACAUUACAAAGCAAGUAGCUAUUUAUUGCAGUUGUUUCCGGCUUUCGUUGAUCUUUGUAUGUCCUCCAUUCACUGUUUUUAAUAGACAAUUGCUGAAAUACAAGUAGCAUAGCAGGGAGUGGCUCACUAAUGGUGGAUGAUAUGUUUUUCUCUUGGCAGAUGGCUCUCAGCUGGUGUAUCACUGAGAGCCCCCCUUAUCCUUAACCUCUUAUCCUCACUGCUGCUAAAAUAAAGUGCACUAACGCAACAUUGCCUGGACCCCUGUCUGAAGGGCAGGGCCACGUUUUGCACUGACAGUUGCACAAUGUAUCCAACAGCUACGUGGCUCAGUGAGUCAUCGGUUAUCUUCAGACUGUUUGGGGGAAGAUGGCACUUGUUCCAUGCGCUCACCAAAGGGCUGACAUUUCUUCAGAACACUACUAUUGACACUGGUGGGGUUUUUUUCUUCCGUGACUCAGCUGCUAAACCGUAAUACUGAGGCUUUUGUCAUGUCAUCCUCUCCUCGACUGCCAUGCAGUCGGCUGGGCCUCCGUUUGGAUAAAGUGCUGGCAGCAGAAGGCACCCACACUGCAGCAUCUGUGUGCCCUCUGUUUAUACAGCAAGCUGCAGCUCUUCUCCCAACUAGAGCUCAUUAUAGGUGCCACAAACUCGGUCCAUCAAAAUAAUAUGUCGCCGUGGCACUGCAUAAAGUUUUCCUGAGCUACAUUGAAGAUGUCCAUCAUGGUGUAUCCAAGGGAAGAGAAGCUCGAGAAGCUCUCUCAGGAGGAGAUCAUCUCCAACACGAAGCUGGUGAUCCAGGGUCUCGAGGCCCUGAAGAACGAGCACAACUCCAUCCUCCACAGCCUCCUGGAGACCAUCAAGUGCCUAAAGAAGGACGAAGAGGCAAACUUGGUGCAUGAGAAGUCCAACCUGCUCCGCAAGUCAGUGGAGAUGAUUGAACUGGGCCUGGGAGAAGCACAGGUGAUGAUGGCCCUGUCCAACCACCUGAACGCAGUGGAGUCCGAGAAGCAGAAGCUACGUGCGCAGGUGAGGAGGCUCUGCCAGGAAAACCAGUGGCUGCGGGACGAGCUGGCCAACACCCAGCAGAAGCUGCAGAAGAGCGAGCAGAACGUAGCCCAGCUGGAGGAGGAGAAGAAGCACCUGGAGUUCAUGAACCAGCUCAAAAAAUAUGAUGAGGACGUCUCACCCACUCAGGAGGAGAAGGACCGAGAAACUCCGAAGGACUCCCUGGAUGACCUCUUCCCAAAUGAUGACGAGGAGCAUGGCCAAGGAAUGCAGCACCAACACAACAGUGCGGCCGUGGCUGCAGCCCAGCAGGGAGGCUACGAGAUCCCAGCACGCCUGAGAACCCUGCACAACCUGGUGAUCCAGUAUGCCUCGCAGGGCAGGUACGAGGUGGCCGUCCCCCUCUGCAAGCAGGCUUUGGAGGACUUGGAGAAGACCUCUGGACACGACCACCCUGAUGUGGCCACCAUGCUCAACAUCCUGGCCUUGGUCUAUAGGGAUCAAAACAAAUACAAAGAGGCCGCCCAUCUGCUCAACGAUGCUCUGUCCAUCCGUGAGAAAACCCUGGGCAAAGACCACCCCGCUGUUGCUGCGACGCUGAACAACUUGGCAGUGCUGUAUGGAAAGAGAGGGAAGUACAAGGAGGCCGAGCCUCUGUGUAAGAGAGCUCUGGAGAUCAGAGAAAAGGUCCUGGGGAAGGACCACCCAGAUGUGGCCAAACAGCUGAACAACCUGGCACUGCUUUGCCAGAACCAGGGCAAGUAUGAGGAGGUGGAGUACUACUACUGCCGCGCCCUGGAGAUCUACGAGAGCAGGCUGGGCCCAGAUGAUGCCAAUGUGGCCAAAACCAAGAACAACCUGGCGUCCUGCUUUCUCAAACAGGGGAAAUACAAGGAGGCUGAGAUUCUGUACAAAGAGAUUCUGACUCGUGCUCACGAGAAAGAGUUUGGAUCCGUGGAUGCUGAAAACAAGCCUAUCUGGAUGCAUGCAGAGGAGCGAGAGGAGAGCAAGGGCAAGCACAGAGACAACACUCCAUACGGAGAGUACGGAGGCUGGUACAAGGCCUGCAAAGUCAACAGCCCAACAGUGAACACCACCCUGAGGAACCUGGGGGCCCUGUACCGCCGGCAGGGCAAGCUCGAAGCUGCCGAGACCCUGGAGGAGUGCGCCGUGAGAUCUCGCAAGCAGAGCAACACAGGCAUUGACCCCAUCCACCAGACGCGUGUUGUGGAGAUCUUGAAGGAUACGGACGGCGAAAGGCGAAGGAGCCGUGACAGCCUGAGCAGCGUUAAGUAUGAGAGCGGCUCCGAGACCGGCGAGGAAGUGAGUAUGGGCGUGGAUUGGAACGGGGACGGCAGUGGAGCCCUCCAGCGCAGCGGCUCUCUGGGGAAGCUACGGGACGUCCUGCGUCGCAGCAGCGAGCUGCUGGUGAAGAAGCUGCAGGGCAACGGGCCGCCUGAACCUCGCAGCACCAACAUGAAGCGAGCCGCUUCCUUGAAUUAUCUGAACAAGACCAGCGAGGACCCAUUCCAGACUCGGGCAGGCAGCAACUUCAGGGAGAGCCGGGGCCUGAGCUCCAGCACCGUGGACCUCUACUCUGGAAACUGAGCAGCAGGCGGAUCCAUCCACCCAAAGAGGCCACUUCCUUUUCGGCUCGACCUCUGAGCCGAGACGACCCUCACCUCCCCUUCUUCUUCAUCAUCACUGUGACUCUGCCCUUUGGCUGCAUCUGUUGCCAUAUGGUCGCCUCUUCUGGUUGUUUUCUCCUCGGAAUUGUUUUUAAUGUUCUGCAUCUUGUGCCAUUCAUUGGUUUAUUAGCGCAAAUUAAAAAAAUAAAAUCUUGGUUAUCUCCAAAAAAAAUAGAUAUAUAGUAGAUGGGUUGGUUGGGAUGGAAAUGACAUCAUGUAAAGUUGUAAACUUUUUAAUGAUUUUGCCUAUUGAGAUUUAUUUGCAAUGCGAGGUGUUAGUUAAAGCUUUGGGAAACAGGGUGACAUUGAGUUAUGUGGCUUGUUAGGAAUAACUUUUUGUUUCAUAAAAAGUUUUUGAAAGCAUUUUCAGAAAUGGAAACGGCUGCUGCUUCAACCUCUACAGCUUUGAGAUCCAGUUGAGCUUUUCUACACAGGUUUCUCUUCCACUGCAGAGAAAAUGCAGGUUUCAUCUUUUAUCACUUUUGAUCAGAGUACUGAGAAACGCCACCAUGGAAAUGUUCAACUUUUUAGACUGUAUAUAAAUAAAAAAAGAAAGAGAACCGGAUGAGGCUGAACUGAUCCGCUUAAUUAAUCCUGGUUGUCCUGAAUGUUCUCUGGUGCCUUACCUCGUGUUUCAGUCGACCUCUGCAGGAUUGAGCUGCCAUCUUCUAAUGUUGUUUACAGUGAUUCAAAUGUGUGAUACAUCUCUAGAUAUGUGAUAAUUAUAUAUAUAUAUAUUUUUUGUACAAUUCUCAGAUGGGUGUCGUCGGUCUUUGAUUAGACUUUUUUUGUUUUGAAGCUCAAAAGAACUGGAAUUUCUUUUUUAUUGUUUUACGCAUGUUAUUCCUUUCAUAGUUUGUAAUAAAUAUAUACGUCUGAUCGUGAAAUUCACAAAUCAUAGGGUUCAUCUGGAAAUGGUUGUGCAUAUGUUUGGGUCCGAUCAAUCCCAGACAUCAUGAAUAAUGUCUCGACAGCAAAUUGGAACCACUUUCUGAUCUUGAUUCAGAAAUAAAAAUCUACGAUUUUCUAUUGAUA